AUGAGGCGCAACCCAUCGCAAGGAAAGAAGCAGUUGAUGGCCAUUGCAACAGCAUGCUCUCUGCUUCUCUCCUUUUUGGCCACUGCCGACGGAUUACCCAUCCCCAAGAGACAAGGGUCCAUAGGCAUGCAUCAUAGGCACUCAGGCUACCGCACGCCUAUCAGUUCCAACAGCCAACUGUCCACGUUCUUGCCACAACAGCAAGCCAAGGAUUCGCCUGCAUCAUCACUGUCGAAUAUCAUUGAGGGCGGGGAUACUCAAGACUUGGCUGUGAUAUCAAAGGCUCUAUUGCUGCAGGAGACAGGACUUACAGAAAUGAAGGAAGUGACCAACAGCAAAGUGGACAGCACGAAAUACGCGAAUGAAUUGACUUCAAAGACGGAAAAUGUUGCAGCAGAGUAUUUGGAGGAAAGCACCUUGACAGACGAGACACAUGGAUCAGUGUCAUCCUCGUCCAUGGCGACAACAGUUAGUCCAGACCGCCGCACCCAUGAGGCCGAAGAUCGACCUUCACAAGAAGUACAAUUGGCUCUUACAUCGACUGUACCAGCAGAGAUUGGAUCCGCAGAGGCAGAAUCCAGUCUCAUUUCUUUAGAAACAGAGAAGGAGGAGGACAACAAAGCAAACGAUGCACUGUCGAUCAUAUAUACCAAGAGGCGUUUGACCAACACCAUCAACGGCCAAGAACGCAUCCAAGGCGAUGACAUCCUAGACGACCUCCGCCGCGACUCCACUGUGCCCAUCGACGACGAAGGCUACGUCGACCUACCCCACUCCACGCGAGUCCAAACCUUCCAUCGGACCCUCCUGGCCAGCUUCACCAUAAUCCUGACUUUGUUCUUAUUCCUCCUUCUGGUCAUUUCUUACAGGAUGUACGCCCGACACAGAGAUACGACCCCAUUGGCCUUCUUUCAUUAUCUUACCCGCGGCAUCUUCACCUCCCUGUCCUUGGAUGGAUCUGCGAUGUCGCGUUCUACGGGCGCGUUCUAUGCAAAGGGUCCAAGGGAGGAAUAUUUUGACUACAUGGACGAAAAGCUGGUGAACAAAAAUGUUAUUGAGGAGGCGUCCGCGACGAGUGUGCAAGCAAGACCGGCCAUGACUGAUCUGAGAAGGACCUCGGCCUCACAGCAUCACGUACAACAAUAG